CCCCCCAUUCCUCAAGCUCUCCACAGUAAGACAUAUAACUCAUCACUCAUCACUCAUCAUCAUCAUCAUCAUAAACCACUACCUGCUCUAUGGCGACAUAACUACCUGAAGGGCUCCUCAAAUACCUGUAACCUAUCCCUCAAGGCUUCCUUUCUGCUUCCUCUGUUUUCCACUUGGUCUGUUGCCUCGUCUGCCUGGUAUCUCUCCAUCUUUUCCUUCCUACUCGGUCCCUUCGCGGUCAAGGUUGAUCACCCACCGGACCACGGCUGCUACGUCGGUCGACAACUAGCUGCCGUUGCACUGCAGCUUGUCUUCUCGACUACCGAGCAUUAACCGUCCAAACAGGCCUCUUGCGACCCCUUCGUACGUGGGAUUGACGUCAACGAUCAAAAACAGUCAGGCCGACCUUGCUUCACCUCAAAAAUGUGGCUGUCGACCACGGUUGUGGCUGCCGUCGUUACCCUGUCAUUCAAUGUCCUGGCCACUCCCGUCGAGUUAGAUGCUUUCCACAAACGACAGUCUGCAGCACAGCCCUUCAAUAACGAUUAUACCGGGCCCAAUUUCACUUCUCCUCCAAGUUAUCCGUCCCCAUGGGGCACCGGAGCUGGAAACUGGUCCUCGGCUUAUGAACAAGCUCGUGCCUUUGUGAGCCAACUGACCCUGCUCGAAAAGGUCAACCUUACCACUGGUGUUGGCUGGGAAGGCGAACGAUGUGUCGGCAAUACCGGCUCCAUCCCUCGACUUGGCUUUACCGGUUUCUGCACACAGGACAGUCCCUUGGGUGUGAGAUUUGGUGAUUACGUCUCGGCUUUUUCUGCUGGCAUGAAUGUCGCCGCGACAUGGGACCGCAAUCUUGCCCAACUUCGAGGUGCAGCCAUGGGGGCCGAGCACCGAGAUAAAGGUGUCGACGUUCAACUCGGUCCUGUUUGCGGCCCCUUGGGUCGAUCCCCCGAAGGUGGAAGAAAUUGGGAAGGGUUCAGCCCCGACCCAUACUUGACGGGAGCUCUCAUUGCGCCAACUAUACAGGGCAUUCAGAGCUCUGGUGUCAUCGCUUGCACGAAACACUUAAUUGGCAACGAACAGGAACACUUCCGCCAGGUGGGGGAGUCCCAAGGUUAUGGCUACAAUAUUACCGAGGCCCUCAGCUCCAAUAUCGAUGACAAGACCAUUCAUGAGCUUUAUCUCUGGCCUUUCGCUGAUGCGAUCAGAGCUGGCACUGGUUCAAUCAUGUGUUCUUACAACCAGCUCAACAACUCAUAUGCCUGCUCCAACUCUUACCUUCUGAACCAUCUCGUGAAGAACGAACUCGACUUUCAAGGCUUCAUUAUGUCAGAUUGGGGAGCCCAGCACUCUGGUAUUGGUACUGCGCUGGCCGGUCUUGACAUGAGCAUGCCCGGCGACACUGCAUUCGACACCGGUCUCACCUUUUGGGGCACCAACAUGACCAUCGCCGUGCUCAACGGAACUCUCCCCGAAUGGAGACUCGAUGACAUGGUCACUAGAAUCAUGGCAGCGUAUUACUACGUCGGCCGUGACGCCAAUAAGGUGCCUACCAACUUCUAUUCGUGGAGUUACAAUACAUAUGACAAGCUCCAUGCCGCAGAUCCUAACUCACCUAUUGGUCUUGUCAAUGAGCAUGUCAAUGUUCAAGACGAACAUCGCAUAAUCAUUCGUCAAAUUGCUCAAGCCUCGAAUGUACUUUUGAAAAACACUGGUUCUCUCCCACUCACUGGGAAGGAGAGACAAGUGGGCGUCUUUGGAUAUGAUGCUGGAUCCAAUCCCUGGGGCGCCAAUGGCUGCGCUAACCGCGACUGCGAUAAUGGUACCCUGGCAAUGGGUUAUGGAAGUGGUACAGCAGAUUUCCCUUACCUGGUGACACCAGAACAAGCCAUUCAGCAAUAUGUCCUGACCCAAACCAAUGGUGAAACCCAAACCAUCACCGACAACUAUGCCGACAGUCAGAUUCAGGUUCUUGCCACCCAGGCUGAUGUGGCUAUCGUCUUUGCCAAUGCCGACUCGGGAGAAGGGUUUAUCACGAUUGACGGCAACACCGGUGACCGCAACAACCUGAGUCUGUGGCUUGGAGCUGAUCGGCUGAUCAACAACGUGACCAAGUACAACAACAAUACUAUCGUCGUCUUGCAUACCGUGGGCCCCGUCAACGUCUCUGCCUGGUACGACAACGAGAACGUGACCGGCAUUAUUUGGGCUGGUCUGCCUGGCCAGGAGAGUGGUAAUGCUAUUGUUGACGUACUCUAUGGUCUCAUCAAUCCCGGUGGCAAGUUGCCUUUCACCAUCGCGCGGGAUCGCACCGAUUAUGGCACAGACGUCAUCUACGAGCCAAAUAAUGGACAAUUCAAUGCUCCCCAAGACACUUUCUCCGAAGGUGUCUUCAUAGAAUAUCGAUACCUUGACGAGCAUGGUAUCGAGCCCAUCUACGAGUUCGGUUUCGGGCUGAGCUACACAACCUUCGAGUACUCGAAUCUACAGAUCACCCCAGCGAACCCGGCGCCAUAUACACCUGCUAGCGGCGAGACCGGGCCAGCUCCUGUUUUGGGCAAUUUCAGCACGGACCCAUCGCAAUACCUGUUCCCCAAUGGAUCAAUCUCUUACCGUCCCUAUUUGUACAUCUACCCCUAUCUGAACUCGACCAGCCUAGAAGCCUCUGCUGAUGAAACGGACUACGGCCUUCCUGCUAACCAGUAUAUUCCUCCGGGUGCCACUGACGGUUCGUCACAGCCUCUUUUGCCAGCUGGCGGUGCACCUGGUGGUAACCCUGGUCUUUACGAAGUCGUUGCUACAGUCGCCGCGACAAUCACAAAUACAGGCAGCAUUGCCGGUGAUGAGGUUGCUCAACUAUAUGUCGGGCUUGGAGACGGAGAGCCUCCCAAGGUCCUUCGUGGAUUUGAUCGCCUCACCAUUGCACCAGGUGCUUCUGCAACCUUCACAGCCGAGUUGCUCCGCCGUGAUGUAUCUGUGUGGGACACAGCUUCGCAGAACUGGGUUCAAGUCGAUAAUCCCAUCAUCUAUGUGGGUGCUUCCAGCAGGAACACUCCUUUGACCGGCACUCUGUCUGGUGGUAGCAGCUCAGGCAGCAACUCGAGUUCUUCAACUACUUCGAGCGCUAGCGGCGGAUCUCCAGUCAGCCAAAUCUCGGAUGGUCAGCCUCAAGCUGGCACGACUGCUACGGCACCAGUGAGCCAGAUCUCAGACGGCCAGCCACAAGCUCCAAAGACCACAAGUGCAGUGGUCAGUCAGAUCUCCGACGGUCAACCUCAGGCCACCGCUUCCACGUGGUGAAAGUCGAUGGUCUAGGCCUACCCGGCAGAGGACUGUCCACCUUAAUGUUUAGUUUCGAAAAGCGAGAAUACCUGGGACCGAUAAUGGUACGAAGUAAUGAGCAUCAACAGGAGGACGUAAUGACCAAAGAAACAAAAGAACCUUCAAGCACACUGCACAUAGCGCUAAAGCAUUGAAAAUGAUUGCAUCAUGA